CUGACAUCUUGCAUGGCCAUUGAACGACUAAACGAUGAAAUUAACGUGAUUGAAGAAGAGUUGACAGACCCCUAUAUAAAGGGGCUAGCUCCUCACCAAUUACACUCCACACAACCACCACAUCCCAGUCCAUCACUACACCAACAAAGCUAGCUAGCAAAAAAAAAAAAUGAAGAAGACGAUGAACACCAAGGGUACCCUGCUGCUCAGCGCCUUCGUCCUCCUCACCUUCACCUUCGCCACCACCACCACAAACGCCCAGCAGUGCGGCGAGCAGGGCGCCGGCAUGGAGUGCCCCAACAACCUCUGCUGCAGCCAGUGGGGCUACUGCGGGCUCGGCGCCGCCUACUGCGACAAGGGCUGCCAGAGCGGCGCCUGCUACAACAGCAAGCGCUGCGGCACCCAGGCCAACGGCGCCACCUGCCCCAACAACCACUGCUGCAGCAAGCACGGCUACUGCGGCUUCGGCCAGGAGUACUGCGGCGACGGCUGCCAGAGCGGGCCGUGCCGGGCCGACAUGAAAUGUGGCGAGCAGGCCAGCGGCAAGGUAUGUGCCAACAACAUGUGUUGUAGCCAGUGGGGCUACUGCGGCCUCGGCUCCGAGUUCUGUGGCGGAAACUGUCAGAGUGGAGCUUGCAGCGCUGAGAAGCCAUGCGGCAAGCAGGCCGGCGGGAAGGGGUGUACCAAUGAUUACUGCUGUGGGGCGGACGGGAAGUGUGGCCUUGGCGGGAACUAUUGUGGGAGAGGCUGCCAGAACGGAGGCUGCUAUAAGUCCGGCGGCUUGUUCGACGAUGUCGAUGCUAUGAUGAGUAACUCCUCCGUGCUUCUCCUUCCUGGAGAAGCUAACAUGGAGUAGCUAAUUGGCCGUGCCAUGGGAGCUAGCUAGUAUUGCAACGACGGAUAAAUAAUCGUGGCAUAUGUGCAGGACGUGCAUAAGGUUUCCCUUCCCUUUAUCACUACUUGUGGUAAUUGGCAAGUGCGUGUCUUGCCAUGUUUGUUGUACUUAGUUAAUAAUUCUCGGGCUUGCAAUAGGACAUGCCGGUCAAUGCAGCAGAAAAAGAAACUGUGCUGUAGUGCAGGUAUGGGAAUAUUGCAGAGAGAAGUAGUACUCUGUGGCAAUAUGGAAUACAUCGUUGCCACAACUUUAGUCUUAAUCUUGGUAAAUUAAUCCAGCGCGUUCUGCUGCCAGGAACGAUGUACCGGCCGGCCGGCCCCUGUUGUAAUAUACUACUUCGUCGUGAUCGUUGCAAUAUACAUAUUACCAUGGGUUUAUGUGUCA